UAGGUUACUACACUACUGCACUUCUUCGGCUCAUUUCUACACCCGGGGAGAGAGAGAGAGAGAGUACUCUGCAUUGUUUGCUUGCUCUUCUUUGCUCACAGGUGAUCUUGAAUAAAAAUGGAGGGAGCAAAUUUUGGCAACUCCCGGGACAGUCUAGACCGUUUUAUUCAAAGCCAAGACUCGUCUGUGGUGAAAAAGUUCCAGCAGAAGUACUGGAAAACCAAGCAGACACUCAUCAAGGUCACGGGGAAAAAGGAGGACGAGCACGUGGUGGCGUCGGAUGCGGAUCUGGAUGCCAAGCUUGAGGUCUUCCACUCCAUCCAGAGAACAUGCAUGGAACUGCUGAAGGUGAUUGAGCAGUACCAGAGGAGAAUCUGCGUCCUUUCCCAAGAGGAGAAUGAACUGGGGCGUUUUCUGCGCUCCCAGGACAGGACCAAGGCCGGCAAGAUCAUGCAAGCCACCGGAAAAGCCCUCUGCUUCUCUUCACAGCAGAGGCUGGCUCUGCGUAACCCUCUGUGCCGUCUAUAUCAGGAGGUGGAGACGUUUCGCUAUCGAGCCAUCUCGGACACCUGGCUGACGGUGAAUCGCAUGGAGCAGUCCAGGACUGAAUACCGUGGAGCGCUGCUCUGGAUGAAGGAUGUGUCUCAGGAGCUGGAUCCUGACACAUACAAGCAGAUGGAGAAGUUCCGCAAGGUUCAAGCCCAGGUGCGCACUACCAAAACAAGCUUUGACAAACUGAAGAGUGAUGUGUGCCAAAAAGUCGACUUGCUGGGAGCCAGUCGCUGCAACCUCCUAUCUCACGUUUUAGCCACAUACCAGACAACACUUUUGCACUUCUGGGAAAAGACAUCUCACACUAUGGCUGCCAUUCAUGAAAGCUUCAAGGGCUGUCAGUACUAUGAGUUCUCCACACUAAAGGGCCUUCAAGAUCCCAUGGACAAACCGGCUAAGAGGAAGGGCAAGAAAAAAACCAAGGCCAAGCCAAAGACAGAUGGAGAGAAAGCUGAGACCUCAGAUAGACAGCUGAUUUCACUGGAAAAUGAGGGUACCACCGAGGAGCCCAGGGAAGACGGGGACAAAAGGAACCAAAUGACAGGGCCUGAAGAUCUCCUCUCAACCGACGUGGAGCGAGAGGGAGGGGAGAAGGAGGGCAUGGUCCUCCUGAAUGAGAUCCUGGGCUGUACGUCCCUAGAGGAGAACGAGUUCUCACGGGAGUGGACGGAGGUGUUCGGGGAGGCAGAGGAGGGCACAAGUGCAUCGUCGGUUAGAGGAGGGCCCGUUGAGGCUCAGCAGGAGGAAAACACUUCCUUCUUUCUUCCAUCUCACCUAUGGGACCAGAACCUGCAAUCUUUAGAUUGGUCCAGCAGCAUUCCACAGCCCGUCUCCACAGCAACGGAGAAAUCAUCUGGAGCCAAUCAGAACGCCUCCAGGCCUACAGGGAAAGAGAUGACAGGGACGUCUAAAGACCUCUCCGCGUGGUUCGACCUGUUUGCUGACCUGGACCCCCUAUCCAACCCAGACGCAGUUGGAAAAAGUGACGGAGAGCAUGAACUUCACAAUGCAUGA